AUGGGGCGUGCAGAAGCUGAUAAUGAAAAAGAAAAGGGUAAUGACGCUUACAAGAAAAAGGACUUCGAAACUGCAAUCACACAUUACGACAAUGCAAUAAAACUUGACCCAACGUGCAUAACGUAUUACACAAACAAAGCUGCAGUGUACUACGAAAAAGGUGAAUAUGAUAAGUGUGUGGAGAUAUGUGAAGAGGCUGUUGAGAUAGGCAGAGAAAACAGAGCCGACUUCAAAUUGAUUGCCAAAGCGUUCGCGCGUGCUGCUCAUGCUUGUGAAAAAAAAGAGGAUUAUCCUAAUGCAAAAAAGUAUUACGACAAGUCACUGUCGGAGUCUAGACAACCAGAUGUUGAGAAGAGUGCUCGAGCUUUAGAAAAUCGUAUGAAGGAAAUGGAAAGGUUAGCAUAUAUUAACCCAGAGAUGUCGGAAAUGGAGAAAGUCAAGGGAAACGAAUGCUUUCAGAAGGGUGAUUACCCAGCUGCCAUAAAACAUUACACUGAGGCUAUAAAGAGAAAUCCAUCUGACGCAAAACUGUAUAGUAAUCGUGCAGCAUGUUACACGAAGUUAAUGGAGUUUCCUCUAGCGGUUAGUGAUUGUAAUAAGUGCAUCGAGGCAGAUCCGAAAUUCAUCAAAGGUUACCUCAGGAAAGGGGCAGUAUGCAAUGCUAUGAAGGAUUUUACUCAAGCAAGAAAGGCUUUUCGGAAAGCUCUAGAGCUAGAUCCAGAUUGUUCGGAAGCUAGAGAAGGUCUCAGUCAAUCAUACACAAAUGAUGACGAUCCAGAAGCUGCUCGCAAGCGUGCUAUGAACGAUCCUGAAAUAGCUUCCAUCUUGUCCGAUCCAGCCAUGCGCCUUAUUCUAGAUCAGAUGUCAGAUCCUACUGCACUUCGUGCACACCUUAAUAACCCAGAGAUAGCAUCCAAACUAAUGAAGCUCAUCGAUGCCGGAUUAAUUUCAUUUCGGUGA